UACUGCUGUUUACACUUAGAUCAACUGUGUGUUGCGCGAACGGGAGAAUCCUUUUGUACACAGAGAACCAGCUGAGGAGCCUCUCACCACUACCACUGAGAGAGAAAGAGAGGAAGUAGCGCGAGCUGGAAAAUUCGCAAAAUAUUAUCCUUCGAGACGGGUUCGCUGCUCGCACUGAUGUUUGUGGCAUGUCGUAGUAAGGAAGGCUCGGACGAAUGUUCGCUGUAUUUUCUCGGUGCGCGAUUGGAAAAAAGGAAGUUACAUAGGACUUUUUUGUUCUUUUCUGGUGCCGAAACGGGCGGCGGAUUAGCGUUCGCGAUUCGAGCAAGAAAAGUGUAGUGCAAAUUUGCAGUUUCUGUACGGAAGGCUUAGCUCCACGGAUUUCUGGUGUUUCUGAGGGGUGGGCUUUCGUUUGGGAAAAAAUCGGAAAAGUGCAAAGUGUCGACACGGAAAAUGUCUACUACCAGUGAGCAGAACUGUGAUGUGCAACUGCAAACGGAGAUCGAGGUGCUGAAGAGUGCCCUUGCCGAUAAGCACUCGCAACUGCUGGCCAUGGAGAACGCCUGCCUGCAGGAAAGUGACCGACAGGUCGAACUGGAGGACAGUAUCAUCGCGUGGCAGGACAAAUACGAACGGCUGUACGAGUCGCACAAACGGGUGCAAAAGGUGAAUCAAAAUCUGGAGGAUAAGCUGCUCAAGCUGGUCGAUAGGAAUUCCGGUGAACGGGCACAGCUGACGAGCGACGUGGCAACGCUGAGCGUACGGCUGGCACAGGCCAACUAUAACAUCCAGAACCUGAAGCGGGAAAUCGAACGAUACAAAACAGACAUGAGCGUUGCCAUCCAGCUGCUGCAGUGCAAACCGGACAGUUUCGUUUCGCCAAAGCUUUCCACGCUUCCAAUCGAGAUCCAGUCGAAGGUCGCCACGUACAUGCGUCUGGACACCAACUCCCAUUCGGACUCGGAGGGAAGCACCAGCGGGGUGGGAGUGGCCACCGCCAGCUCGUACCACGUGCUACCCGCUUCCGACAGUCCCCCGCCGAUGUGCCCCUUCCCGCCAACUGCCAUGGUUUACUCUAUGCGGGGAAUCGAAGUAGUUGGAAUGGAUUGGCUCUUUCGUUUUCGGUUGCGGCUUCCUUCUAGGCUGUUUUUCUUCAGUUAACUAAGUUCCGGAGUGGUCUUUAUUGUUGGAUGCACCAUUAUUUGGAGGCUAAUUUAACAUAAACAGCCACGGAGUGUGAAUUCAAAUGGAAAGAGGAUCAAACAAAUAAGUUUAAGAUGGCAUUUGUCAUUUGAUUUGAAGAAUGUUGGUUGAAGAUCUACUUCAGUGUUUCUCAAUGUUUCAAUCAAUUGCGUAUUUAUUUCCUAAUUAAGAAAUCACGAGGUGUUGUAUCCGUAAUCACAAAUCAUUUUCAAUAUUUAUAUUUUCGUUUAAGACUGUGAAUUUGUGUGUGACUUAUUGUAAACUAAAACACAUAAGACUUAAAUCACUUAAAACUGAAUGUGCAAGGCUGAACCUUAAAAGGGUUUUAGUGAUUUGACUAGUCACCUCUAAUCGUACUCAAUAUCAUCCUGGUACCACCAAGUAGCUCUAGUUGACUUUCCAGAAUACUUUUGCGGUUUUGAAGAUUGGUUUUCUCAGGCUAGGGUU